CAGAGACAGUGACCAGAAUACGGCUCCAGAUCAACAUCGUAAUUUGUUCAUAACGAGCUGUAUUCUGGGAUCCAGACUAGGUUGGUACCUGCAUUCAUUAUUUCUAGAGUCAUAAGUUUUUCUGUCUUUCCGUCUACCCCAUUUGAUUCUUUGUGAGAAUAAACAGCAAUACUGGUUCGAGUUAAAAACUGUUUUCGAUGGAGACAGAAGACUUUAACAAUGAGGAAAGUAAUUCCAUAGAAAAUAAAAAAAUAAACAAGAAACUUGUAAAACAAUGGAAAACAGAACUAAAGGAAAAGCAUGAUGCUAGUACAAUAAGAAAAGUUAUUUCUGGGUUUAAAGCUGCAGUGCAACGAGCAGGUGGAGAAGAAAUGACAGAUUAUAAAAUAGAUGACGAUGCAGCAGUCGAUGGAAUUGUAUGUUUAUGUCACACUGAACUAGUGCCUGCCUUGCAUAAGUUUUUAAAAUUGCCAAAACCAGAAAUGUCAGAAAAUGAAAAUCAAGUGAAUCCUUCUGAAUGUGAAUCUUGGAAGAAAAUUUCUAGUUCUGUGCAAUCAUAUUUAAUUGAUAUUACUAUGUUUUCAGCUACUGUUUCUGAACCAGCAACCAUUACCACCCUGUUGAAACAUAUUUUACAUCUUAUUCCAUUUUAUUUAAUAUUUGUUCAAAUUUCAAGAAGUUUAAUUACGGCACUCAUUAAGUUCUGGAGUAAUGAUGAAGAGAGUGUGAGAACUCUCUGCUCUCUCUGUAUCGUCCGCACUGCUAGGUCGUUACCUUCGGAGUACUUAGGUUAUACUUUACAGCAAUUGUAUGCAGAGUAUGUAAAAAACUGUAAAUUUACAAGCAAAACAUUGUGGCCUUUGAUCAAUUCUAUGAAAAGAUCAUUGGUAGAAUUAUAUUCCUUAAAUCUUUCGGUAGCUUAUCGACAUGGCUCCAUCUUCAUCCGACAUUUGAGUAUACGUUUACACACGGCAAUCAAGACAAAGACAAGGGAAGCUGUUCGUGCUGUUUAUAAUUGGCGGUAUAUUCAUUGCUUAUUAUUUUGGAUGAGUUUGUUAUCAACACUAAAUCAAAAUGAUCUAGAAAGUUUAAUCUGUCCUUUAGUACAAAUUACUAUUGGAACAAUAAAUUUGAUUCCAACACCCAGAUAUAUUCCUGUACGUUUUCAUCUUGUCAAAGGUUUGAUGUUUCUGUCUAAGGCUACAGAUAGUUUUAUUCCUAUUUUACCAUAUAUAUGUGAGACACUGAAUAUUAUGGAUUUCAAAAAGAAACGUACUUCAAGCAAUUUGGUACCGAUGGAAUUUGACUGUGCUUUAAAACUAUCAAGAUAUCAUCUGCUAGAAAAUGGCAUUAAAGAUACAGUUUUUGAAUUAGUUUAUGAAUUAAUGCUUGAAUAUUUACAGUCUCAGUCUCAUACUAUUGGAUUUCCAGAGUUAGUAUUACCAACUGUUGCUCGUAUUAAAUCUUUUUUAAACACCUGCAAAAUUUCCAAUUAUUCUAAAAAGUUAAAGCAGCUGGUUGAUAAAAUUCAAGAAAAUUCUGCAGAAAUUACAGAUAGGAGAAAAUCUGUUCCUUUGGACUUGUCCAAUUCUGAUGCCAUUAAACAAUGGGAAAGAGAAUUGAAAGAAAGAGGAACUCCAUUAGUAAAAUUUUAUGAAACUUUGAAGAAUGUUCAACUACCUGUAAAAGUUGAAAAUAAAGAUUCAUAGAUUCAAUAGUUGGAUAUGGUCCACCA